AUGGUUUCCUGGAGUGAGGAUGAUGACAGCAGUGAAGGUGAGCACGGCAGGUAUUACCAGUACGCCACCUCAGGUUCAAACGACGGCAUCGUGAAGAUCCCUGCUACCACGGAUGACUCCGAAUUCGAGGGCAAUGAUUAUGUUUUGUGCCAUGAACACCGGAAGCGAGCAGAAAGACUUGUUGCUUUCGAGGGCAUCCAUACUGGCAGGAGGUUCCUUGCUUGUGCUGUGAAGGAUGGUAAAAACUGUGGACUAGUUGAAUGGGUUGAUCCAUCUUGGCCAGCUACAAUGGAGAAUGCACUGUCCAAGUUAUGGGAUAUGUAUGAGCAGUCCAAGAGAAACAGGAUUGAGGACAACCUGAUGAACUCAUUUGCUGUUCACAAACUGACACAAGAGAAGAUCAAGCUGCAGGCCAGUUAUGACAAGUUGGUUGGAGAUGUUCAAGCCCUUUUGGAUGAGAAUGAGAGGAGGGCCCAGAUGGAAAGGAAGCCUGAUGAGAGCGAGCUCCAAGAGAAGUAUGACAUGGUUAAGAACCUGACAGUAUCUCAAGCCAGUGUCAUUAGGAACAUGAAGUUGAAGUUUGCUGAAGAGAAGACUAAGCUGCAGGCCCAUAUUGAUGAGCUUGAGAAGGUUGUGGAGCAGACCAAGGCCAAGCUGAAUGGGAUCAAGGCAAUCUUAGAUGAAUGAGCCACACUGGGCAGUAAUGGUCAUGGAGUUCAUGGUCAUGUAUGGAUCUCCUUAUUAGUUAUGUAAUGGUCCUGUAUGGAUCUCCCAAUUAUGCUACUUAUUAGUCAUGUAUGGAUCUCCAAAUUAUGCUACUUAUUAGUUAUGUAAUGUUCAUGUAUGGAUCUCC